AUGGAGGAGGCCUGUUUCUCCAUAGAGAAGCUGGGCAGGAGGCCUCUCAUGAUUGGGGGUUUUGCCAUGAUGGGCAUCUGCAGUGCUGGAAUCACACUGGCCCUCAUUAUGCAGACUCACUUUUCAUUCAUGCGCUACAUCAGUGUCUGCUGUGUGGUCGGCAUCAUCGCUGGCUUCUGUAUCGGUCCAGCGGGUAUUCCCUUUCUGAUCACGGCAGAGCUGUUUAAACAGUCCCACCGCCCAGCGGCCUACAUUGUAGGAGGAUCACUCAACUGGCUGUCCAACUUCACUGUGGGCUUUGUCUUCCCCUUCUUGCAGAUGUCAGCGGGGUCUUACUGCUAUUUGGUGUUUGCCGCCAUUUGUGUGUCCGUGGCCAUCUAUGUCUACAUUGUAAUCCCAGAAACCAAAAACAAGACUUUCAUGGAGAUCAGCCGGAUGUUCUCUAAGAAGGAGGCAGUUCUAGAGACCCAAGGCCUGAUCCACGUGGACCAGCUGAAGUUGAAGAAGAUGAACGGCUACGGUGGUGUGGAACAUGCUUCACUGGAGUUCGACAGCUCUUCUUCUGCACCUUAACUGAUCAGGUUGUCACUGGGUCUAUAAAACCAUUUAUUAAUUCCUGUUCUCCAUUCUACUGUUUUGAAAUGUACACAUAAACCAAACACCACCUCACCUGGACUGAGUGAAUUUAGACUCUUCACUUGGAUCACACGCCAAACAUUGAUGAAUAUACUGUACAGUUCUAGUAUCUGCAACCUCUUAUCAAUUUCAUGUACCAGACUGCUUGAGUCAUUAAAGUAAAAAUCCCGUUAAUGUAAAGUUGGGUCUAAUUUUUAGGUUUGGCUGUUCUUCCUAUCUCUGCUAAUAACAUUGUAUUCACCGAGAUAAUAAGUGAAAUCAGGGUACUGUGUGACAGACAAUAAGAAGUACGAGCAGUCAGACUUUGACCCACUGUACUUAUUGUAGCUUAGGACACAGUUUUCCUGUGCAAAGAGGGAUUAUUAGCAACACUUCAGGUGCUGUCACUUUUACUUUGAUGUCCAAAUCUGGACAUCAAAUUAAAAGUUGGUUUGUUUGUGCAACUUCAUUAGAUAGAUAGAUACAUAGAUAGAUAGAUAGAUUACUUGAGGUGAGUGCAAAAAUAAGUAUGGAAGCCUGUAUGGCACUAUAUUAAAAUUUUAAUGUAAACUUGUGAAAAUUAGCAUUUAUAUUUUCACUAUUAAAAUAUUCAAAUGAAAAUGGAAAAGCUGUCUGACAUUUAAUUUUUGUUAAGUUGUACACCAAUUUACAGUGGACAGUAUUAAAAUGUUAAUACAAAUUUUCAAAUGUAAAUGCAAUUUAAACAAUGUGGCCCAAUUUUCCAUUUGUGCAAGCAUUAUUUAAACCUGCAGUGCGGAAAUGUUGUUCUGUCAACAUGUUCUUAAGAUAUACAGACACUGCCAUUCUAAGUGGCAUAAAACACAGGACACCAGAUUUAACCUGGUGGUGAUAGGCUUAAUCUUCAGUGCGUGAGCUAAUUUGGCAAGGGCUUGGAUAUCAAUCCUGCACUCUCUAGCUUUAGGUAAACAAUGCAACCUGAUUUUUUAAAUUUAUGCAAGCAACGUUUAAGUCAAAAUUAAAAUUAAAAUGCAAUUUUCUAACAAUUUGAAAAUAAAAAUGAAAAUGAAAACGCCAUUUGACAUUUAAUUUUCAAAGACUUAACCAGCUCUACAGUAAACAACAUUCAAAUGCAUUAGGCGAAACAGUUUGUAUCAGGAGAAACUUCAGAGAUAAGAUCCGAAGUAUUCUGGAGCACACAAACUUUACACAAACAACAAACGUUUUAAAUUAUUCAUGUUUCAAUGCAGAAUUGACUCUGAUAAAGACAUUUUCAUCAACGCCCACAUGAGUAUGUGAAAAUGAAAAAGCAAAUUGGAUUACUACGUUUACUCAAAUAAUACAUACAUAUGUGGAAAAUUAUUAUUCUAUUGUAGAAUUACAUUUUACACAGUUUACCAUAUAAUUUUAAUAUAGUCCCAUACAGACUUCCGAACCCGAGUUGUUUUAAAUCAUAAAUCAAACCAAAACAAGCUUUCCAUGCAAAGGAAAGUAUUUUAAAGGAAAACUAUGGUUUCUUAUAACUUGGCUUUUAGUUUUUCUAGGCCAUCAUUUUAUAUUGCACUCACCAAAGUGAUUGCACAGAUUUCAAAACUCAACUCGAAGACAUCACAAAAAACUGCGCGAACAGGAAAGAAAAUGUCAGACCACUCAGGGCUUUGUAGGUGAGACUAAAAAUGGGGACGCCAUAUUCCUACAUAGCUAGCUAAUGAACUUAUUCAUUAAAAAUAGCAACAGAAAAUGGCCCAUUGGCGAUAGGUGUGGAUAAAAUCAAUCGCAAGGUAGUAAUUAUACUAUCCAAAAAGGCUUACCAGAUGGUCAGAAAUACAAAAAUCUAAUCCUAUAAACUUUGGUUUCAUUCAAGGACACCAUUAAAUUCAAGGUUUUGAACAGUAGCCUUUCAAUACCAGACACUCAACAAUGGGUUAGCAUUAUUAGGGUGUCUAUUAUGGCAUGAAUGCUUGCUUUAUUUAAGCUGAAUGCAGGAUAUAGAUAUAUGUUAGGAUAUAGACUUUAGGGUAGAGUCAACAAAAUGAUCAGAGUUUGUGGUUAGACACAGCAGCAUGUGAGAAAUAAUUGGGUGUGUGUAUAGUAUGCAUGUGUAACAUAAAUUAACCCUUUAAAGAUACAUUUCUUAAUCUUUUGUAAAUUGCAGUAAAAAUAAACUGUGAAAUCCCAAAGUUUAUGCAUGUUUUGACUAUGUCAUCUUUUUGUUGUAAAGUUAUAUUAAUAUUGUUUCACUAAAAUCCCUCUACCAGCUCUGAAUACACAGUCAUUUUACAGACUCUAUCAGAGUACUGUGUACUAACAGAGCUGUACAGUGAGGUGUGCUAAAAUGUGUUUUGUACAAACAGCAAUACAGUUUGUUUGAAUAGAUGGAAAUAUGUAUUUGCCCUUUUGAAUUGUUGAAAGAUAACUACAUAAAUGAAAUGGUAUUGUAA